AUGCAGGCAGCGGGCAAGAUGCGGCUGCUCGGGCAGCAGCUCAGGAGGUGCGGCAAGUGGAGCGACGUUCGCAGCGCCGCGGUGCUGGCGUACUCCACGAAAAUCAGCCCCGUGGAGAUCUCCAAAAUUUUGGAGAAGAAAUUCGAGCAGUUCGAUUUCAAGACGUCCGCGAACGAAGUGGGAUACGUGUUAAGCGUGGGGGACGGCAUAUGCAGGGCCUUCGGGUUGAACAACGUGAAGUCAUCGGAGCUGCUGGAAAUCCACAACAGUGAUGCGUCGGAUAGCAGCGGGGGUGCCGCCAACCAGGGGGGCGCCUCAAACGUCACCUACGGAAUGGCGACGAACCUAGAGUACGAUAACGUGGGGGUAGUGAUCUUCGGAAACGAUAGGAACAUAAGAGAAGGGGACAUAAUAAAGCGAACGAACAGGAUCAUCGAUGUGUGCGUUGGCCAUGAGUUACUGGGUCGAGUGGUAGACGGAUUGGGAAACGAGAUUGACGGGGGGAAGCCAAUUCAGACGAGUGAAAAGAGAAAAAUAGAAAUAAAAGCACCAGGAAUUAUUGCACGUAAGAGUGUAAACGAAUCUAUCAUUACAGGCAUCAAAUGUAUUGACAGUCUGGUCCCCAUAGGGAGAGGACAGAGAGAGUUAAUCAUAGGAGAUAGGCAAACGGGGAAAACAGCCAUAGCAGUAGAUACAAUCAUCCACCAGAAAAAUAUAAAUGAACAGGUGCCAGAUAAUGAAAAGGUCUACUGCAUCUACGUUGCCAUUGGGCAGAAAAAAAGCAAUAUUGCAAAGUUGGUUAAUCUCCUAAAAAAAUAUGAUGCGUUGAAGUAUACCAUCAUUGUAAAUUCGAGUGCGUCAGAUGCUUCUCCUCUGCAGUUUUUGGCUCCCUACACUGGGUGUGCUAUGGCUGAGUACUUUCGAGACAAUGGGAAGCAUGCGCUGAUCAUCUUCGACGAUUUGAGUAAGCAGGCAGUUGCUUACAGACAGCUGUCCCUUCUUCUGAGGAGACCCCCAGGGAGAGAGGCCUACCCAGGGGAUAUUUUCUACAUCCACUCGAAACUCCUGGAGAGGUCCUCCAAAUUGAACGACUCGCUAAAAGGGGGGAGUCUCACCGCGCUGCCAAUCAUAGAGACGCUCAACAAUGACGUUUCGGCUUACAUCCCUACCAAUGUCAUUUCGAUCACGGAUGGGCAAAUUUUCCUCGAAAGCGAAUUGUUUUACAAAGGGAUUAUCCCCGCCAUCAAUGUCGGCUUGAGUGUCUCCCGAAUUGGAAGUAGUGCUCAGUACAAGUGCAUGAAGAAGCUAGCUUCCUCUAUGAAGCUAGAGCUAGCCCAAUUUCGAGAGAUCGUGGCUUUUUCUCAGUUCGGCUCGGACCUAGAUGCCUCUACGAAGAAGCUCAUCGAGAAGGGGAAGAUCCUAACGGAGAUCCUAAAGCAGAAGCAGUACUCCCCAGUCAGCAUCAGCUACCAGAUUUGCCUCAUCUACGCCGCCACCAAGGAUUAUCUCGCCAGCCUGACCAUCGACCAGGUGCAGGACUUCGAAAAGCGCUACUUUGAGUUCCUCGACAGUAACUACGCAGAUGUGCUCCGGAAGAUUCAGGCCAACUGCGACUUGGCCGAGGUGGAGGACCAGAUCAGGGAGGCCAUUCAGCGCUUCCUCGAGCUGUACAAGGCGGAGGCGGGGGCGGCGUGA